CUCUCCUCAUUGCCAUUUCACGCUGCGUGUCGUGGGCUCGCUGUUACAGCCACUCGCUCUCUGCAUUCUCUAAUCCGAACAGUGUCGAGCAGGCCUAAACCCCCGUCGUCGGAAGAUAACACCGUACCACUGGUAGUGUCGCCUGUGGAGAGAGGCCUGGCGCAAUUCCCCGUGUAUAGAAGAUGGGUCAUUCACGACGUCCUGCGGGCGGGGAGAAGAAGAGUCGGUUUGGUCGCUCCAAGGCCACCGCGGAUGUGGGCGACGGGCGAGGGGCGGGGGGUAAGCCCAACGUCAAGAAGGCCACCUUCGAGAGCGGCAAGAAGAAGGAGAUUGGCGUCUCGGAUCUAACGCUGUUGAGCAAGAUCUCCAACGAGGCGAUCAACGAUAAUUUGAAGCUCCGCUUCGAGCACGAUGAGAUCUACACAUAUAUCGGGCAUGUCUUGGUGUCGGUGAAUCCGUUUCGAGACUUGGGCAUCUAUACGGAACAGGUUCUCGACUCGUACCGGGGCAAGAACCGACUCGAAGUCCCCCCUCACGUCUUUGCCGUGGCCGAGUCGUCCUACUAUAACAUGAAGUCGUAUAAGGAGAACCAAUGUGUGAUCAUCUCCGGCGAGUCGGGCGCGGGCAAGACCGAAGCCGCCAAGCGCAUCAUGCAGUACAUUGCCAGUGUCUCGGGGGGUUCCGACUCCUCGAUCCAACAGACCAAGGAGAUGGUGCUGGCGACCAACCCGCUGCUUGAGUCGUUUGGAAAUGCAAAGACUCUGCGCAACAACAACUCGUCACGCUUCGGCAAGUAUCUUGAGCUCGAGUUCAACGCCAACGGUGAACCCGUCGGCGCCAACAUUACGAAUUACCUGCUGGAGAAGUCGCGGGUGGUCGGCCAGAUCACCAACGAGCGGAACUUCCAUAUCUUCUACCAGUUCACGAAAGGUGCCCCCAAGAAGUACCAAGAAAUGUUCGGCGUACAAUCACCGCAGUCGUACAUGUAUACCAGUCGGUCGAAAUGUUUCGACGUGCCCGGCAUCGACGACGUGGCCGAGUUCAAGGACACCCUGGAUGCGAUGCGUAUCAUCGGGAUGGCCGAGGGCGAGCAAGACAACGUCUUUCGGAUGCUUGCCGCGAUCCUGUGGCUGGGGAAUGUCCAAUUUGUCGAGGACGACUCGGGCAAUGCGGCGAUUGCGGAUCAGUCGGUGGUGGACUUUGUGGCCUAUCUUCUCGAGGUGGAUUCGGCGCAAGUUAACAAGGCGAUGACCAUCCGCAUCAUGGAGACGGCGCGCGGAGGUCGUCGAGGAUCUGUGUACGAAGUUCCGCUGAACACCGUCCAGGCCGUUGCAGUGCGCGACGCCCUGGCCAAGGCCAUCUACUUCAACCUGUUUGACUGGAUCGUGCAGCGUGUCAACGCCUCGCUGACCGCCAAGGGCUCCGUGACAAACUCGAUCGGUAUUCUGGAUAUCUACGGCUUCGAGAUCUUUGAGAAAAAUUCGUUCGAGCAGCUGUGUAUCAACUACGUGAACGAGAAGCUGCAGCAGAUCUUCAUCCAGCUGACCCUCAAGGCCGAGCAGGAAGAGUACGCCCGCGAGCAGAUCAAGUGGACGCCCAUCACCUAUUUUGACAACAAGGUGGUGUGCUCCUUGAUUGAAGACAAGCGACCUCCCGGCGUCUUUGCUGCUCUGAACGACGCCUGCGCGACGGCUCAUGCCGAUUCUGGCGCGGCUGACCAAACCUUCGUGGGCCGACUCAACUUCCUCUCACAGAACCCAAACUUUGAGAACCGCCAGGGCCAGUUCAUUGUCAAGCACUACGCUGGCGAUGUCAGCUAUGCGGUCGAGGGAAUGACCGACAAGAACAAGGACCAACUGCUCAAGGACCUGCUGAACCUCGCCGGUUCAAGUGCCAACUCAUUCGUCCACACACUGUUCCCCAACCAGGUCAAUCAGGACGACAAGCGACGCCCGCCAACGGCUAGCGACAAGAUCAAGUCGUCUGCCAACGACCUAGUAGCCACCCUGAUGAAGGCGCAGCCGUCAUACAUCCGAACCAUCAAACCCAACGACAACAAGGCCCCGCGCGAGUACACCCACGCCAACGUGCUGCACCAGAUCAAGUACCUCGGUCUCCAGGAGAACGUCCGCAUCCGUCGAGCCGGUUUUGCGUACCGUCAGACCUUUGACAAGUUUGUCGAGCGCUUCUAUCUUCUCUCGCCCAAGACAUCCUACGCCGGUGACUAUACCUGGACGGGCGAUGUCGAGUCGGGCGCCCGGCAGAUCCUAAAGGAUACCAGCAUCCCCGCCGAAGAGUACCAGAUGGGUAUCACCAAGGUCUUCGUCAAGACACCGGAGACGCUCUUCGCGCUGGAGGCGAUGCGCGACCGCUACUGGCACAACAUGGCGAUUCGGAUCCAGCGGGCCUGGCGCAACUACCUACGGUACCGGACCGAGUGCGCCAUCCGCAUCCAACGCUUCUGGCGGCGGAUGACGGGCGGGCUGGAGCUGAUCAAGGUGCGCGACCAGGGCCACAAGGUGUUGCAGGGCCGCAAGGAACGCCGUCGGAUGAGUCUGCUUGGCUCCCGGCGCUUCCUGGGCGACUACAUCGGCGUGGGCAACAAGGGCGGGCCGGGCGAGAUGGUCCGGAACGGGGCAGGCAUCUCUGGAUCAGAUCCCGUCCUCUUCUCCUGCCGUGGCGAGGUUCUGGUCUCCAAGUUUGGCCGCUCGAGCAAGCCUGCUCCACGCAUCCUGGUGCUCACGGGUCGGCACGUCUACAUCGUGGCCCAAGGCAUCGUCAACAAUCAGCUGGUGAUCUCGGCGGAACGCACCAUCCCCUUGGGUGCCAUCAAAACCGUCAGCACCUCCACCCUGAAGGACGACUGGUUCUCUCUCGUGGUGGGCAGUGCGCAGGAACCGGAUCCCCUCAUCAACUGCGUCUUCAAGACCGAGCUCUUCACGCAUCUGACCAACGCCCUGCACGGCCAGCUGAACCUGAAGAUUGCCGAUAGCAUCGAAUACAACAAAAAACCCGGCAAGCUUUCCAUGGUCAAGGUCAUCAAAGAUCCCGCCGUACCCCGAGACGAUAUGUACAAGAGCGGUACCAUCCACACUGGCCCCGGUGAACCUCCCAGCUCGGUAUCCAAGCCUACUCCCCGGCCGAAACAGGUCGCCGCCCGACCCGUAACCACAGGCAAACUCCUUCGUCCGGGCGGUCCUGGGGGCGGACCAUCGAAGCUAGCCGCCUCACGGCCAACCCCUGCUGCCCGCCCACUGCCACAGGCCGCUCCUCGGGCUGCUCCUGCGGCUGAAGAACCAAAGGUGAUGGCCCGGCGCCCCGUGCCGCAGCCCGUGGCAGCUGUGGCAGAGAUAUCGACACACUCGCGCAACAGCUCCACCGCGUCCACGAGACCCCCGCCUCCUCCUCCGCCGCCUCCUGGGCCGCCCGCAGCACCGCCCGCAGCAAAGAAGCCUACGGCCAAAGUGCUCUAUGAUUUCAGUAGUGACCGUGCGAACGAACUGACGAUCCGAGCGGGCGAGAUUGUCCAGAUCGUGUCCAAGGAAGGAAAUGGUUGGUGGCUCUGUAUGAACACCACCACCUCGUCUCAAGGCUGGACGCCCGAGGCGUACCUGGAGGAGAUUGUGGCGGCCGUGGCGAAACCGAUGCCUCCCCCACCCCCCCCGGCUGGACCGCGUAGUGUGUCGACACAUACGCCCGCGAGCAACGGGACCACCGCGGCGGCGGCGGCCAAAGCCAAAGCCGCACCACCGGCGCCGCCGGCGAAACGGCCGAACAUGGCUUCACGCAAGGCCGGCGCGGCGGGCAGUCCAGCGCCCCGGGACAGCGCAGUGAGCAUGAACUCGCACGAUUCGAGCGGGGGCAGCGGGCGGGCGACGCCGAACAGCACAUCGAACUUCAGCAUGGCGUCCGGGUUGGCCAAGGCGCUGAAGGAGCGGCAGAAUGCGAUGCAGGGGAAGCAGGAGGAGGAUGAUGAGUGGUGAUGGUGAGUACCUAGUAGACAGGUGUCGGGUUAUCAUACUGGAUGACAGAUUACAUGUACAGCUGAGUCGGGGGUCAUCAAAAUAUUCAACUCUUCCUUUCUUUUGGUUCCUCUAUAGCUUAUCUAGCUGAACCCAUUCAUACCUUGACGAGUUAAGUCACCAACCCUAUGUACAUUCAUGUCAUC